AUGGCUCUCUCUAAAAACAUUGCUGCAAGUAUCCUUGAAGAAUGGUGUUUGGAGGAACCACUGUUUAGGUGUAGGAGACAUCAGAAUGUCAGGAAAAAACUGAGACUGAUACGAAUAAUAGGUCUUUUCAUGAGUAUAAUGGCCAUUAGCACUUUCUCUCUUUCAAUUAGUGCCUUUUUCAAGAUGGAGCCACAUAGCACAGAGAUGACCAGUAGUCUAGGUAGCCAAAAGUCAAUGCAUGGGCAUCAAAGAACUCUGUUGGACGUCAAGGAACAGAAUCAAAAUGGCACUCCAGAUUCACCUAUUUCUAUGAAAUAUGAAACUGAACACAAUAAUGCAACAGAAGAACACUCCAAGGGAGAGUACCCAAAAGACCUUUUUUCUCUUGCGGAAAGAAGAAGGGGGGCAGUAAUCCUCCAUAUCAUGGGAAUGAUUUAUAUGUUCAUAGCCUUAGCCAUAGUCUGUGAUGAGUUCUUUGUUCCUUCAUUGACUGUCAUCACUGAGAAGCUAGCCAUAUCUGAUGACGUGGCUGGGGCAACAUUCAUGGCUGCUGGUGGUUCAGCUCCAGAACUCUUCACAUCUUUGAUAGGAGUCUUUAUAUCUCACAGUAAUGUUGGCAUUGGAACAAUAGUAGGAUCUGCAGUAUUCAAUAUCCUGUUUGUUAUUGGAAUGUGUGCUUUAUUUUCUAGAGAGAUCUUGAACCUUACCUGGUGGCCGCUCUUUAGGGAUGUGUCCUUUUAUAUCAUGGACUUGAUCUUGCUAAUAAUCUUUUUUUUGGAUAAUUUAAUCAUGUGGUGGGAGAGCUUAACACUACUGAUAGCUUAUUUUUGUUAUGUGACUUUCAUGAAAUUCAACGUUCAAGUAGAAGAAUGUGUGAAAAAAAUUUUAAACAGGAACAAAGUUGAGAAGGUAACAACGGCAGAUUCUGAACAAAAGCCACCUAAUGCUGGGGACAAGGAUGACCAAACACUGACGACCAAGCCACGUCUCCAGCGAGGCGGGAGCUCUGCAUCUCUCCACAACAGUCUAAUGAGAAACAGCAUCUUUCAGCUUAUGAUUCACACACUCGACCCACUUGCCGAAGAGCUUGGAUCAUAUGGAAAACUAAAAUAUUAUGACACAAUGACUGAAGAAGGAAAGUUCAAAGAGAAGGCCUCAAUUCUUCAUAAAAUUGCCAAAAAGAAGUGCCAGGUGGAAGACAGUGAAAGACGGAAUGGGGCUGCUAAUCAUGCUGAAAAAAUUGAACUCCCAAAUACUACAAAAGUGGAAGUUGAAGUAACACCACCAAAUGAUGGUUCAGGACCAGUGCAAAAUGGAAACAUUGCCCAUGGAAUUGAAGAGAAUUCAGAAGACGAUGAUGAAGAGCAGCCUCUCAGCCUGGCCUGGCCUGACACCCUACGCAAACAGCUCAUGUAUCUUGCUGUUUUCCCCAUUGUUUUGCCAUUGUGGAUUACCCUGCCAGAUGUCCGAAAGCCUCCCACCUGCUUCUCAGUCUCAGAUCUUGGACCCUAUCAAGAAACAUGCACAGGAUCCUCCAGGAAAUUUUUUCCUGUCACAUUCUUUGGAGCAAUCACUUGGAUAGCAGUUUUUUCUUAUUUAAUGGUCUGGUGGGCACAUCAGGUUGGCGAGACCAUUGGCAUUAGUGAAGAAAUCAUGGGAUUGACUAUGUUAGCUGCAGGCACCUCUAUUCCUGAUUUAAUUACCAGUGUUAUUGUGGCACGAAAAGGCCUAGGUGAUAUGGCAGUAUCCAGCUCUGUUGGAAGCAACAUCUUUGACAUCACAGUGGGUCUUCCCCUUCCAUGGCUCCUGUAUGCUGCAAUUAACGGCUUCACCCCGGUGAUUGUCAGCAGCAAUGGAUUGUUCUGUGCUAUCGUCCUCCUCUUCAUCAUGCUACUCUUUGUCAUCCUCUCCAUUGCGCUCUGCAAGUGGAGGAUGAAUAAAUUCUUGGGCUUCACCAUGUUUGGUCUCUAUUUCAUAUUCCUGGUCAUCAGUGUCCUUCUGGAGGACAAGGUGAUCUUGUGUCCCGUCUCCAUCUAG